AUGAGUCAUAACGAUCCGUUCCACGACCAUAAUCAGCAGCGUAACCGAUUCACACCUUCUCCUCAAUCUUCGCAAUAUCCACCUUCUAGCCAAUCCCAAGUCUAUCCACCAGUACCUUAUAGCUACGAUGAUGGAGGGGAUAUGGGAUAUGGAGGGAGAAUGGGAGGAGGGGUAGAGAUCAAUGGACAACAUAUGCCCUGGGUAGCUGGAGAAGAGGACGAUGAGUUGAAACCUCUGACAUCUGAUCCUAAUGCGUCAACUGCUUCGUUCCUCCCUCACUCUCCUUAUCAAAGACCACUCAACCAUAUGCCAUCGACCAACUCGGUCGGAACGGAUUUCAUGCGUCGUCAGACUCUACCUAGAAGAGGUGUAACAGUCAAGAAGAUCAAGUUGACCAAAGGAAACUUCAUCGCUGAUUAUGCCGUACCUGGACCAGUAUCAAGUUCUGUCGAGGAUAAGUGGAUUGCCGGCACCAAGUCCAAUGAGUUCUCUCACAUGCGAUACACUGCGGCUACCUGUGAUCCAGAUGACUUUACACCUGAGAACGGAUGGAGAUUGAAGACGUCUUCAUACAACCGAGAGACAGAGCUCUUGAUUGCCAUUACCAGCUACAACGAGGAUAAGAUUCUGUAUGCUCGUACCUUACACAAUGUCAUGUUGAAUAUCAGAGAUAUCUGCAAUACUAAAGCUUCUAAAUUCUGGCGAAGAACAGCUGAAGAGGGUAGACCAGGAUGGCAAAGGAUCGUCGUUGCGUUAGUCGCUGAUGGUUUAGGACCCAUGGAUAAACAAGUAUUGGAUGUACUUCAGACGAUUGGUGUCUUCCAAGAUGGGAUUUUGAAGAAGGAGGUAGAUGGUAAACCCACUGUAGCUCAUAUCUUUGAGUAUACAACGCAACUAUCUAUCGACGCUACUCCUCAACUAGUUCAACCUCAUCCUGGAGAUGCCAACAACCUCGUACCUGUCCAAAUGAUCUUCGUCCUCAAAGCGGAGAACUCCAAGAAGAUCAACUCUCACAGAUGGUUAUUCAACGCAUUGGGUAGACAGCUAAAUCCCGAGAUUUGCGUAUUAUUGGAUGCUGGUACCAAACCUGGGCACAAAGCUAUUUAUCACUUAUGGGAAGCUUUCUACAACAACCCCAAUCUUGGUGGAGCAUGCGGUGAGAUCCAUGCAAUGAUCAAAGGCGGAAAGAAACUGCUCAAUCCACUUGUUGCCGCUCAAAACUUUGAGUACAAAAUGUCAAAUAUCCUUGAUAAGCCUUUGGAAAGUAGUUUCGGAUAUGUGAGCGUGUUGCCCGGUGCAUUCUCUGCUUAUCGUUUCCGAGCUAUACAAGGAAGACCCCUGGAACAGUAUUUCCAUGGUGAUCAUACAAUGGCUGCUCGUCUGGGAAAGAAGGGUAUUUACGGAAUGAACAUCUUCACCAAGAAUAUGUUCUUGGCUGAGGAUAGAAUCUUAUGUUUCGAGCUGGUCGCAAAAGCCAAGGACAGAUGGGUAUUACAAUACGUCAAACCUAGUAAAGCCGAAACGGAUGUUCCAGAGCAAGCUGCUGAGUUGAUCAGUCAAAGGAGAAGAUGGUUGAAUGGUUCUUUCGCUGCUUCUGUUUACGCCCUCAUCCACUUUUUCCGAUUGUACAAAUCUGGUCAUGGACCUAUUAGAAUGCUGUUCUUCCAUGUACAAGGACUGUACAACUUCUUCAAUUUGAUUUUCUCCUGGUUCGCCUUAGCCAAUCUUUGGCUUACUUUCUCUAUCAUCAUCAAUCUCGUCCCUGCCGGUUCCAACAUCAAUCUAUUCGUUACUGCUGAAGUCACUUACUGGGUCAACUUAGUCUUAAUGUGGAUAUACAUGGCUUUCUUGAUGCUCCAAUUCGUACUUGCUUUGGGUAAUCGACCCAAGGGAGAGAAAGGGUUAUACCUUCUCACGCUAUGGGUCUUUGCUGUCCUGGCUGCCUACCUGAUCGUCUGCUCAGUCAUUCUCUCCGUUGUCGCAUUCAAAGGAGCUCUGAGUGAUCCAGGAAACAUCGGUCAGAAGCUCGCUAAUCUCUUCAAUGCUACGAACGGUGUAUUGGUUGCUGCUGUCAUGUCGACGAUAGGUAUCUACCUCAUCGCGUCCUUCCUAUACCGAGAUCCAUGGCACAUGUUCAGUUCUUUCCCUCAAUACAUGCUUUUGGCACCUUCUUUCACCAAUGUCCUGAAUGUUUACGCUUUCUGCAAUCUGCAUGAUGUCUCAUGGGGUACAAAGGGUUCCGAUAAAGCGGAAGCUCUUCCUGCCGUUUCAUCAAGCAAAGAGAAAGGCGGUGAUGCAGCUGUGGUGGAGGAACCUCAAAGGAAUCAAGAUGAAUUGGACGAAUCGUUCAAAUCGGUAGUACAAAGAGCUGUGGCACCAUACAAGAAUGAGGAAAAGGAGGAGAAACCAAGCAUGGAUGACGAGAACCGUACUUUCCGUACUCGUCUCGUAGGAUUCUGGUUACUCUCCAACGCCGGUUUAGCUAUCUCCAUCCAAACCUUGAAUGGACUGGAUACUACUAAGAAGCUCGUCGAGAAAUGUGUACCGGAGGAUUACGAUCCUUUCUCUGGAAACGUUACUGUCCCAAUGAACGGCACAUGUAUCGAGAACGCUUUGAAGUUCAAUACGGUGGAAUUGCAAAACAAACAACAAUUUUAUUUCCAAGCUUUACUUUGGGCCACUUUUGGUCUGAGUAUGGUCAGGUUCUUAGGAUGCUUGUACUAUUGGACUGCUAGACAACUCGGAAGAUGUUGUAGACGAAACUAG